UGUGGGGCGUCGCCAAAUCGCUUGUCGUUGAGAACCUUUACUAAGGCCGCCUGACGAGCUUGCCGAUCAGCGUCGUCCGAGAAGCCCGGCAUCAUCACCGCGCCAGGUGGAAUACCCUGUUGUGUACCAGUAAGGGGGGUGACCCUGCCGUGAACCGCCUGGCGGGCCAUGCCGCUCGGUGCCCGCUGUGCCGCGCCAGCAGGCGCGGUCUGGGCGACCCCAUGCCCAGCAGCAGCACCACUUUCACCAGCAUCCUGCAGUCUCAGAGGCAACGAUUUCGCUCUAGAUGGCCGGCCUGCCGCUGCUACGGCGUUGUUGUUCAUGGUGUGGGUUUAUCGCGUCUGCUGUGGUAUGCCUCGGGCCUCUCGCCUGGUCGUGACCGGUGUGUGUACGUCGGCAUCGACGCUUUCCGGGAUUUUGAAAAAAAGGCGCGCCUCUGCCGAUUAGAACCAAUGGAAAACCCGGAACCGGUUCCGUGUUGAAAAUUACGAAUCGGUGAAAAAAAAAACGAAUCG